CAAAUAUAAAUAGGGGAAGGGAGAUUAGUUGGAGUGGAAGAGAAGAAAGAAGCGAAGGCAUAUAUUAGUGGCAUAACAUAAACAUAUCUAUCAUAAAGGGAACGCAUCGCAUAUAAUAUAAAUUAGGUAUAACCAACGCUCUAUAUUUCUUAUUUCUUAUUUCUAUUUCUUGGUCGGCACGGAGCGAAUUGAAAAGAGAGAGAGAAGAGAGAGAGAACUAGGUCAUCGUAUUGGAAGAAGAAGCUCUGGGUUCCACCUCUUCCCGUCCUUCGAGGCGGUCGUUAUACUACUUGCUCUUCAGGGUUGUCUGGUUUUGAAUCUAAAGGGUUGUGACUUACAUUCUAAAAUAUGGAGGGAAGUUGUUUCUCAACAAAUUGCUACCAGUAUCGGUUUUUUGCAUUCCAAGAAGUGCUUGAUUGGCGGGUUUUCAUCCUUGGAAGUUUUCUUCUGGUUUCCUUUGUCAAUUGCACUUAGUGUUCUGUUCAUCGUCAAUGAUCAUCAAAGGGUACGUCAUGCUAGUUUAUUCUGAUACAGGUGCUGCAUCUUGCACUUGUACAACAGUGCAUUGCUGACCCAACAUUUAGUUAAAACUUCUGGGAAGUCUUCUUCUGGGGGCUAAAUUAUAGUCUGGUGACUGAAUAUUGGAUUCUGGCUGCAUCUUUGAGUGAAGCAUUUGCAUUGAAUCAGUACAGACUGUAGUAAUUGGAAAUUGUCUUCUUUUUGCUCUUGAUGGGUAUUGAUGACAAUGCAUCAGUUAUCUGGCGGUUCUGAAAUGAAUUAUAUAUUAGAUUAGAUGAAGUAGAUGUUAUUUCAGUCCUGAAGUAUUGGGUCACAGUGGUUUUAUCUAAAUGAUUAAUGCUAUUGCAAUGAUCCAUCAAUUUGGUGGGACCUGAGAGUGUCAGCAUGAUCUCUGUACUUGUUCAUUUCUACCACCUUUGUCCUCCAACCAUAACAAAGCCGUGGGUCUAUUACUAAAAACUCUGUGCACCUCUUCCAUCAGAACGUUUCUGUUUCUAUGCCCUCUUCUGACAUGACAGAAAAUUGAUGGUGGAUUUUUUUAGACCAGCAGAAACUUGUUAAUUUUAUACAGAGAGUAUCAUCUGCAAGAGAUAAAUGCUAUUUAUCUUGUUUUUGUUUACAUUUGUUGAAUAAAGGAAGUGUUGCUUUGUAUUCCGCGGGAAAAUGGAGAGGUACAAAUUAAUCAAGGAAGUUGGUGAUGGAACAUUUGGGAGUGUCUGGAGAGCUAUUAGUAAGCAAACUGGUGAAGUUGUUGCGAUCAAGAAAAUGAAGAAAAAAUAUUACUCCUGGGAGGAGUGUGUAAACCUGAGAGAAGUCAAGUCUUUACGAAAAAUGAACCACCCAAAUAUUGUGAAACUGAAGGAAGUUAUUCGAGAAAGUGACAUUCUGUACUUUGUUUUCGAGUACAUGGAAUGCAACCUAUACCAACUUAUGAAAGACAGGGAAAAACUGUUUUCUGAAGGUGAAAUUAGGAACUGGUGUUUUCAAGUUUUCCAAGGUCUUGCUUACAUGCAUCAUCGUGGUUACUUCCACCGUGAUCUUAAACCUGAAAACUUGCUGGUUACUAAGGAUAUUAUCAAAAUCGCUGAUUUUGGCCUAGCCCGAGAGAUCAGUUCACAACCACCCUACACUGAGUAUGUCUCCACACGAUGGUAUCGUGCUCCUGAAGUGCUGCUCCAGUCUUACAUCUAUAGCUCUAAAGUUGACAUGUGGGCAAUGGGUGCUAUAAUGGCUGAGCUGUUUUCUCUCCGACCUCUUUUUCCAGGAGCCAGUGAGGCAGACGAGAUCUUCAAAAUAUGCGGUGUGAUAGGCACUCCAACCACUGAAUCAUGGGCUGACGGACUCAAACUUGCAAGGGAUAUUAAUUAUCAUUUUCCACAGCUUGCUGGCGUAAAUCUUUCUGCAUUGAUCCCAUCUGCAAGUGAUAGCGCAAUCAGCCUUAUCCAAUCACUUUGCUUGUGGGAUCCCUGCAAGAGGCCAACAGCAUCAGAGGCCCUUCAACAUCCUUUCUUCCAGAGUUGCUUUUACAUUCCACCAUCCCUUCGCUCCAGAGCAGUAGCGAGAACUCCUCCACCUGCUGGAACUAGGGGAUCACUGGAUCAGCAGGGGAUCAAGAGAUAUCCCGGUGCUUUACCCAAUUCAAAGCUUACCAAUUAUUUUUCAUCCCCAAAAGUACAGCCAUAUUCAGGUGUGCAACGGAAGCUGGAUAUGAUAAAUCAGGAUGGAAUUAAGAAUGAAAAGCCAAUGAAGACUACUACACAAUCAAAGUAUCGACAGCCAGGAAAGGACAGUCCAACUUCUAUAAACAAAGGAGGAGUUGCAUGUGGAGUUUCAGAAACAGCUGAGAGGUUGGCCAAUAUAUCUGUUGGUACUCGAAGACAAUCCAUGGGGCAAACCCGUCCUCCUCCUAUGAAGGCCGGAGUCAAUUGGAGUUCCGAUUCUCCAAACUUCAUGCUCAGGCCCGCACCACAGAUUCCGACUGGUAGAACCUUCACAAGAAAAGUUGCUGGAUGAGAAGUACGAGCUCAAUAUCGCAAAUCUCGGGGGACAAAUAAUAAGAAUGGGUUUUGGUCGUAUUAUGUUUGCUACAAAAACUAGUAUUGCUUGGGUGUUAUUGGUAAUCGUUUCAUACUUCUUGUUGUGGGACAAACACGUAUGAGCUGAUGCCUAUUAAUAAGUAUGUAUAUCUUAGCCUGUUAUGAACUUCUAUGAUGUGUCAGUGGCGUUCAUAAAUCAUCGUCCAGGUUUUCUUGGUUCAUAGACAAUAAUUUAGAAAUGCUGGUCAUAAUUACAACAACCGUACUCGAUGUUCGAUUUUGUAUGUUUUUAAUAAUGUGAAGGCCGGUGGUUCUUGUUACUGCGGUAUGAUAGUUUAUUAUUAUUAUUAUUAUAAAAAAAAACAUUUAAAAGUUUGUCA